GUUCACCGUGUUAUAUGUCCGCAUCGGCUGUAUCAUGUUUAGGUAAUCGCAUGUGGAAGGAAGCUGUCCAUUCCACCUCUACCUUUUUAUUCCCUUUCAAGACACCUCUAAGAGAAUCGACUGACAUUUGUACAUGUCGAUGCUGUGUCUUGAGUGACAUUCCGAGCUAAUGCUCAUACAGGAGAAGUCCAGCUAACAGCUUCAAGAUGCCGGACGAUGUGCCAAUGACUACCAUUCUCAACGCUACGCCUCGAUCAGUGUUUCCGAAAGGCCCCAGUUUCACCCUCGAGGACUUCUCUAGUCGCGAUUUUAUUGUUAAAGAGUUCAUUGAAACACUUUCUGAUUCUUCCAUUUCGAACCGUCGUUCUUCAAUCGGCCCCACGGGCGUGAACCAGCCGUUUGACCCGAAACCGCUUAUCCGGACCUUUGAGCACGCGCAGCGACGAUUAGGUGAAAUAUCUGGUGAUUUGGAGAUUAGAGAAAAUGAACACUCGGCGGCAGUCCGCAGAGCGGAGGCACAGCACACCCAGAACCUCAACACGCUCGGUAAAAAGCUAAAGCAGACUAUUGAAUCUUUCCAGCAGCUCGACACAUCGCUCAAUGGCGCGGGGGCGUCUGGGGGGGAGCUUGCGACUGGAAAUAUGGCCGUUGAAACCGGUAGAAGAUUAGAGGAACUAGACCGACAAAGACGCCGCGCGCUUGACGCCCACUUUCUGCUCGAGUGCUGGGAUGGUGUGAACAAUAGGGGCGACAUUACUCUCUUAGAGAAUCUGAGAAGAUCCGGAACUGGCGAGGCCAAAGUGCGCUCAGCACAUAUUGCGCGGCAAUUGUUGCGAAUUAGUCAAAGGCUUGACACUCAAAGUUGGAAUGAACCAGGUGGGAGGGGUAAUGGGCUCUCCCAGAACGGAACCAUAAGUACCGAUCAGUAUGCGAAUGGAAAAGGCAACAAUAUUAAACGAAAUACCCGCGAGAUCAUCGAAAAAUUCUCCGAGACAUUGGAGAAUGACUUGUUAAAGCAAUUUGAUGACUUUUAUCGCAAAGCAAACUUUGAAGGCAUGAAAGACUGCGCAACAGUACUCCAAGAUUUCAAUGGCGGUGCAAGUGUCAUUGCUUUGUUUGUGAAUCAGCACCAGUUUUUCAUCGAUCGGAGCCAGUUGGUCGCAGAAGAAGUCGGUGGCGACCCAGAAGCCUGGGAAAUGCUAGCAGACCCCGAUGCAGAACCUUUGAAAGUUGAACCUAGCCUUCAAUCACUUGUGGACGAAGUCAAGGUUGUAGUCCAAGAGGAAUCGGCUAUUAUAAGGCGAGCUUUUCCUUAUUACGAGCAGGUGCUUGGCAAAUUCCUACAACGUGUGUUCCAACAAUCCAUUCAACAGAGACUUGAGAUGGUCCUGGAGAAAGCAAACAGUGUCUCAUCGCUAGCUUUUCUGCGAUCUCUGCAGAGCUCCCGGAGCUAUAUCAGUACGCUGGUUGACGAUCUGAAGAGUCAUGGAUUGACUGAGCACCCAGAUCCAAUUUCUUCGCAGACUGCACUGGUUCUUGACCAGCAGCUGGAGGACUUGUUCGUGCCAUAUUUUGUUGGAUCAUCAUACAUAGAAAGGGAAAAAAGGGCCUUGGAAGAGUUGUUCGCAUCGUUGUUAUUCAGGUUUACCACAUUUCAUGCUCGCAGAAAGAAAGCGGCGACAACUUUCAUGGCAUCGCUCUCUAAAUCCGGGACGGAAUUGCUUUCUUCUGCACGCGAUGCGUAUCUGAGUCGCUUGGAGUCUUCAGAAUUCCCUUCAACGCAGAAAAGAGUGCUACUCCAGCUGGCCGGACUCAGGGAGUCCAGCGACCUUACAAGGCCUACUGAUAUCAAACUUACGGAGGAUGAUGGCAUCCCCAGCUUAACUUAUGCAAAACGAAUGCUCAAAUGGCUUGCCGAGGCAGUUGGUAGAGGCCUGGAGCUCAGCAUGAACAGUGAAACACCUAAGGAUAUGCUUGCACUUUUGGGCCUUCUCCUCUCCGUAAUGGCAGAAGGCUUCAUUGAAGUGUCAUUAGAUGCAGCUCUAGAAGUCGCAAUAUCGCAGGAGUCAGGAAGAGCGGAACCCGACUUUGCAUAUCUACCAUCUAUUCGAAAUGCUAUUGGCAUUGCGAAUUUGAUGAUAAUGUGCAUAAACACACUGCUUAUCCCCCUCGCCGCUAGCAGUAUCACGGUCCGCAAAGAAAUGGAAAAGAAGACCAGUCUCAUUACUACACAGAUAGAGGACAAGAUCAACACUCUUGAGCAAAAGGUCAUAGAUACAACGCUGACUUGGGUGGGCAAACUUCUGUCCGGCCAAAAAAAGAAUGAUUUCAGGCCGAAGGAAGGAGAUAACACAGCCUGGUUAGAAAAGCUACAAACACCGACAUGUGCUUCAAUAUGUACGUUUCUUACCCGUGCAAAUAACAUGGUAAAAACAUCACUGCCCCCAAGCGGCUCCAAUAUUCGCCAGCUCUUGACAGAAAUUGCUCUCGGGACGCGUAGUCUACUUUUGGAGCAUUUCAAACGGUUUGUCGUCAACGGACCCGGUGGCCUUAUGGUUACCAAAGAUAUGACGCAGUAUACGGGUCUCCUCAAAUCUUGGGACAUAGAAGAACAAAUCAAAGGUCCAAGUGGUACGUUGGACGUUCUACUGGAGGUUGGAAAUCUGUUUGUUAUUGGUUCCGAGGCCCUGCGUGAGAGGAUACGUGGCGGUACAGCCAUCGACACUACUGGAAGGACAGGCAACAAUGCCGGAUCCAGCACUGGGCGAGGGCUUGAGGGCGCUAUUCAAGCCGAGGCUGGUCUGAGUGUACAGGAAGUUAGGGCUUAUGUUUCUCGGAGGGAGGAUUCUAAUACAGCUGCACUGCAGAGUGUGCUGAAUGUUCUAUAAUUCGGCGCGUUUUCUCUUUGUAAGAAUUUCAGCGUGUUCCCAAU